CCCAUGAUACACCCGGGGCUAGCGCGCAGGCGCAGAUGUGUUUAUUUAGUAUACAACAGCCAUCCGGAAGCAGCACUUCUUGAAAUUGACCGUACGGGUGUUUGGAGACUGCUCGGUGUGAUGGAGAGGUGAUGUGUCAGUCAGAGGAGUGAUAAGGCCCGAGCAGCCAUGACUGAGUGCUUCCUGCCCCCCAGCAGCAGCCCCGCAGAGCAGCGCCGGGCCGAGCACCCAGGCGGCGUGGCCCGCACGCCGAGCUCCGAGGAGAUCAGUCCCACCAAAUUCCCCGGGCUGUACCGCACCGGGGAGCCGUCGCCACCUCACGAUGGCCACCACCACCACCACGAGGCGCCUGACGCCUACGUGUCGGACGAUGACAAAGAGCACAGCAAGAAGAAGAACAAGUUCAAGAAGAAGGAGAAAAGAACUGAAGGCUACGCCGCCUUUCAGGAGGACAGUUCAGCGGACGAAGCAGAGAGUCCCUCCAAGAUGAAGCGCUCCAAAGGCAUCCAUGUGUUCAAGAAGCCCAGCUUCUCCAAGAAGAAGGAGAAGGACUUCAAGGUGAAGGAGAAGGGACCCAAAGAGGACAAGGCCAAGGAUAAGGAUAAGGAUAAGAAGUCUAAAGACCUGACGGCUGCAGAUGUGGUUAAACAGUGGAAGGAGAAGAAGAAGAAGAAGAAACCGACAACAGAGGCAGAGCCGGUGCCCGUGGAGACCCCCACCUUCAGGCCCAUCUUUGGAGCACCUCUGGCUGAAGCUAUCAAGAGGACAGCUCUGUACGAUGGGAUCCAGCUGCCAGCCAUCUUCAGAGAGUGUGUGGACUACAUUGAAAGUUAUGGCAUGAAGUGUGAAGGCAUCUAUCGAGUAUCAGGUAUGAAGUCCAAGGUGGAUGAACUGAAAGCAGCCUAUGAUCGUGAGGAAUGCCCCUGUCUGGAGGAGUAUGACCCCCACACGGUUGCCAGCUUACUGAAGCAGUACCUACGCGAGCUCCCGGAGAACCUGUUGGGUCGGGAUUUGGUCCAGCGCUUUGAGGACGCCUGCGGUCGCCAGGUGGAGGCUGAGAAGGUGUCCGAGUUCCAGAGGCUGCUGGCCGAGGUGCCGUCCGAGAGCCGGCUUAUCCUCUCCUGGCUCGUCACGCACAUGGACCACGUCAUCGUCAGGGAGGCAGACACCAAGAUGAACAUUCAGAAUAUCUCCAUCGUCCUCAACCCAACCAUACAGAUUGGGAACCGGGUUCUUUACAUGUUUUUCACACACGUGAGGGAGCUGUUCGGAGACGUAGUCCUGAAGCCGGUGGUGCGGCCACUCCGCUGGUCCAACAUGGCGACGAUGCCGGCGCUGCCCGAGACGCAGGAGAGCAUCAAAGAGGAGAUCCGACGACAGGAGUUCUUGCUGAACUGCCUGCACAGAGACCUGCAGGCGGGGGUGAAGGACUUAUCUAAAGAGGAGCGACUGUGGGAGGUUCAGAGAAUCCUGACGGCUCUGAAACGCAAACUGAGGGAGGCCAAACGUCAGGAGUGUGAGAGUAAGAUAGCCCAGGAGAUAGCGAGCCUCUCAAAGGAAGACGUUUCAAAAGAGGAAAUGACUGAGAACGAAGAGGAAGUAAUCAACCUCCUCUUAGCCCAGGAAAAUGAGAUCCUCACCGAGCAGGAGGAGCUGAUCUCUCUGGAGCAGGUGCUCCGCAGGCAGAUUGCAACCGAGAAGGAAGAAAUCGAGAGACUGCGAGCCGAGAUAGCUGACAUACAGAGUCGGCAGCAGGGUCGCAGCGAGACAGAGGAGUAUUCAUCAGACAGUGAAAGUGAAAGUGAAGAUGAGGAAGAGCUGCAGAUGAUUCUUGAAGACCUGCAGAAGCAAAACGAGGAACUGGAGAACAAGAACACCCACCUGAACCAGGCCAUCCACGAGGAGCAGGAAGCUAUCUUGGAGCUGCGCGUCCAGCUUCGCCUCCUGCAGAGCCAAAAGCUGCAGCAGGAACUCACCGUCCAGCAGCCGCCGGUCGAACAGGCCCCACCCACGCAGCCGAGCCCGGAGCCCCGCAGCGAGGAGCAAACCAAACGCCCCGUCGCCACGGUGGCUGCCGCCACAGACGCAGCUGUCUCAGCCAACGGCAAGGCAGCUAAGGAUCCCUCGAAGCCGUCGCCAAACAAAGACAGGAGGGACACCAACAUGUGAGGUGUCGUCUCGGUGAUGUAUUUGGUGGCUCUGUGCUGCUGCUGUACAUCUCUCCCGCUGGUCAGUUGUCCCGUAGUGUCGCUCGUUAACCACUUGGAGAUUUCACUUUGCUGGAGUUCAUUAACAAGUGGCAGCCAUGGGAAAAAAAAAUCUGUUUUUAUAUAGCGUCUGUGGCGUCCUCAAAUCAGAUACUUUGUUUGUUUUGCAUUUUCCCCACACAAACACCUAAAAAUAGAGACAACUGGCUGCAGCUGAGAGAGACUUAGGUGGACCGUAUUAUCAGAUUCACAGUGCCAAGCCUGUAUGAAGGAAGAAGAAAUGAAGGGAUUCAUAAAGCAGGAGGAUGGAGGAGAGAGGAAAGAGGGAGGCGCCUUGCCAGUAUGUGACAUAAAGUGUAUUUUUUCGCUGGUAAAGGCUCAGGAAGUGAGCGCUGAUCAGAUAUAAUCCCUGUUUGUCCUUUACCUGGAUGCAAAUUUGACAUGUUAGGAUAGAGACCACUGUGCCAUACAUAACUGAAAGAUGCCAGACCUGGACACGUUUCCUCCCCCCACAGAGAACCACUAAACACAAAAGCUCUUUGAAUAAUGAAGAAUUUAUGAUUGGUCUAUCUAUAUAUUAUAUAUUUAAGUAGUAUUCGGAAGAAUACGGAUGACUAUUCGAGAAAUAGCUUUUUAGUAAUAUAUGAAUAUAUGUAUAAAUAUAUUGUAGAUGCUUUCUUUAAAAAAAAAAACACACGGUGGCGUCGUACCUCGCAACUGACCAGUGGACGUAAAUUUAAAAAAAAAAACGAAUUCGCAACAAAAUGUGCGUUCAUCGCUGCGACAUCGCACGGUCACUCUGUGAAACAACACUUUGCUUUGUAAGUGCAAUCAUCAUAUCACCCCCUCCCCGCCUCCUCCGUUUCCCAAAAUAACAAAAUCUGUAGCGAUGAUUCCUGUCGCCAAACUGUGUGCAAAGACACGCAGGAAGUUUAGUUUUUUUUUGUUGUUGUGUAUUUCUUUUCUUCUUUUUUUUUAACUCUUGAUGUGUGGAGUUUAUCGUUCAUGGCAUCAGUCAAAUCAAUCAUUUAAUUUCACACCUGAUCCAUGAAAGUACUGUCAUCAUUCAGUGAUAUUUAAAGCAAAGGCAUGGCCUGACUUACUUACAAUUUGUGUACAUUAUUGUAAAAUUGCAAACAUACUGUAUUUUCAGCUCUUAUGUUUUGUCAUGUUCUUUUUUAUUAUUAUUAUUAUUAUUAUUAUUAAUGAUCUGUAUGGAGUAUGCUAGUGUGACUGCCCCUGCUUUGGUCACGGGCAAAUCAAAGCAAUCUCAUCUGGAUUCAUGAUUCAACGUGUUUAUUAAUCCUGUGACUGAAACAGCUAGUUUGGGCUCAGAAGCUUCUCAUAAGGUUAUUUUCAUAUUGUUACAAGCUUUUUGUAGCUUAUUGUUGCAGACAGAAUAAUGCUGUGAAGAAUAAAGUGUCGAUCUGAGUAAUUUACCUGAA